CAUUUGAAAAGCAGAGUUCAGCAUUAUCAUUUGCACGUAGUUACCUCCCUUCCUCUCUCACCCUCUCUCAUUUGCUCCGUAUCUUCUUCGCUCCUAAAGCCAGAUUUGCGGUCUUCCUUUGACGUUUUGGACACCUUGCUCUAGACUGACUUUCCAGGCGACUAUGGCCAGCCCAGCUUCCAAGAUUGUUGCCAGCAUAACUGGAGCUGCUGCCGGACUGCUGGCUUCUUAUGGCUAUCAAGGGACCAAUCAGACGAAGGUCUCCAAUUGCCAAGCCGUCGCGACGUCCGCCGACGGCAAUCGAUCGUCGGCCCCGCAGAAGCCCGCGGCUCCCAUCCGGUGCGCCAUCGAGCUCGACGGACUCGAGCUUUUCGAGACCCUCGCCCGGUGAUUAUGACUACUAGUAGCGUCUGGGAGGCUAUGGGACGCACGCUCAGUGAUAACUACUGCUAGCAGCAUCUGGGAGUCGUUGAUCUUUACCAGAGGAAGCGGAGUGAUUUCUUUUCCUAGUUGGACGACAGCGGGAGGGAGCUUUAGAGAAGAGCGGAUAAGAUGGGUGGACCACGAAGAGCGCAUUCGCUUCGGGUGUUGCACGUGAGAUUUGCCCAAAGGCGGAGAUGAGACAGGCGUGGAAGUACAUACACGAGGAGUUCCAAUGAUGAGCUCGGAACGAGCUGCUCAUACAUGGCCAUACAACGUGUUGCUCUUCAGUCGGACCUGGUUCUGCUUCCACAGUGGCCCUGGUCUUCAAUUUUGUAGUUAGGUCGUCCCAUAUGUCUUUUCAUUAUUGGUAAAUCUCAUUUUUCUGUAUUCUUAUCUGAUACAACGUUCGUUUUCUAAUGAAGAGUUUCUUGCAAU